AUGAUAAUUAUUUCGGUGUUGUCGGCAAGGGAACCUAAGCAGAUAACAUUGGCGAAUCAAGGGACAAUAGCAGGGAUGUAUAUAACAAGGUUCAGGACAAAGAGAAUUGUGGCAUAUGUGGGUAUACCAUACGCCCAGCCUCCUAUAGACUUUAGGCGUUUCGCUCCACCAGAAUACACUGAUCUUCCUAGUUGGGAAGGUUUAAGGAAUGCAACUAUUUACGCGCCGGAUUGCAUGCAAAAUGAUCCAAAAAGGGAAGAUAUACAGCAUCCUUUGAACAAACAUGAUGAACUGUUCACGAAACUGCUUGAGGCGCAGAUGGAAGAACCUCGGAAAAAGGAGUACUCAGAAGAUUGUUUGUAUCUGAACGUCUAUGUACCCGAUGACUUCAAGGUCGAAGGUUACCCAGCAAUGGUGUGGUUCCAUGGCGGAGAUUUCGUGAGAGGCAGCCCUAAUAGCGUAAAUCCCUUUCAACUAGUGCUGAAGCAAAAGGUAAUUUUUGUGUCUGUCGCCUACCGUUUAAAUAUAUUUGGAUUCUUCUCAACGCUGGAUAAUGAAGCUCCAGGGAACUUUGGUUUGUUAGAUCAAGUAGCAGCUUUAUCUUGGGUCAAGAAUAACAUCGAAAGUUUUGGAGGUGACCCUGAUAACGUUUGUAUAUUCGGACAUGACGCGGGCGCUGUUAGUGUUGGACUACAUUUAUUAUCUCCAUAUUCAUCAGGACUAUUCCAAAAAGCUAUUGCUAUGAGCGGCAAUGUACUGUCACCAGAGACUGUAAACAUUGCAAGAAAAGAAAUCAUAACUGUCGACAAAGUAGCUAGUGCUUUUAGUUGUUUUCGCAAACCGACAUUCCAGUUACUAGAUUGCCUAAGAAGAGUAAAUUUUCAAGCAUUAUUGGAUAUCGGAGAACCGUUAGCUACUUGGAAGCCUAUUGUAGAUACCGGCUUUAGUAACAUUACUCAGCCAUUUAUAUCGGAUCAGCCAAGCAAAAUGUUUAAUGAUGAAGUAUUUAGUCCCGUACCAGUUUUAACCGGUUACACAAAUAUGGAAGAUGGUCUUCUUCUCGAUAAAGGAGAGGAUUCUGGCAUCAGCCAAAGAGAAUUUGACAUUAUGCGCGAGGAAGUUAUUCUAUCUGAUAUCACCGUAGAUAAUAGUUCAUGUUUCACAAAUCAGCAUCAUAUACAAGAUGCCGUCGAAUUUUUUUAUAAGCCUAUACCACCAACGACCAAUGAAACAAUUCUUCGUAAACAAUUUUUGGAUUUUUACACAGACAAAGUCUAUGGGGCCACGACCUACCAAUUAGCGAAGUUUAUUAGUAAACAUGCUCCUGUUUAUCUAUACAGAUUUGAUUUGAAACCGUUUUCAGAUGUAGCCAAUGAGGGUAUACCGGAUUGGAUCGCAGUGCCACAUAAUUUUGAUUUGAUUUUCACAUUUGGGUUACCCUAUUUAGCGUUACCUGAAGACUUUAACAAAUGGGACUACAGAGAUAAGAGCAUCUCUGAGAUAAUUAUGAAAAUGUGGACCAAUUUCGCUUGGUACUCUAAUCCUACUAAUUCAGGUGUGAUAAUUCAAUGGGAUACUUUUGAAGUCGAGAGGCCUGGAUUUUUUAUAAUUGACAGACAGAAUUUUACUAUGAGUACACCAGCGACUGUGAAUUAUAAAGCUUUUGAAUUCUGGACUGAUUUUUAUCCAAAAGUUUUGGAGAUUGGCACGAAGUGUUGCAAAGAAAUAAUGGCAUACAAGCAGAUCUUAGUGUUGCUGAUGACAGCGUAUCUGGUGGCUGGACAGAGGCCUUCCUUCGCUGGCACAAAGCCCAUAGGGUUCCCUGAUGUUAUCGCACCUGCUGAUCCACUAGGAAAUCGUUUUGGAGACGAUUCACCACUGCCCGCAGAAGCCAACGGAGACCGAGCGCUAGUCGAGCGUCUGAACAAGCUACCAAUCGACAAGCAGCCUUUCUGGUUCAUCAACUGGAAGAUUCUAGAAGAGAGCAGAAAGAACCCACAGUCGUACCCACAAAGAGAAAACUCCUUCACUAACAAUUUCCAAAAUGGAGUCAGUACUGGACAGUCUUCGGGGAGCAUUCAAUCAAAUGCUCCUCAGGCGAAUCCCGCAGCGAAUUCCGGUGGGCUAACCUCAAAAUUUGGUGAAUCAAAUACUGGAGCAAAUACAGCCGGUGGCAACUUCGCAAGCAACUUUAAUAAUAAUAGACACACCCAACAAGGAUACAAUCGCCAGUUUGAAAGGCGAGGUUAUUAUUGAUUUUUUUUAUUUUUUUUAAACUGCACAGUUUUGAUUUAUGAUACAUUUUUUUAAUUUUAUA